CCAGCUCCAGUCUCCUGCUCUUUCAGAGGCGAGAACACCAUGCUGUGGAGUGUGCAGUAACAGAAUGCGAAAGAGAGCUGAAUUUACGGCCUGAACGCACUUUUUUAUUCAUCAACAGAAUUAAAUUUAUGGAUUUUUUUAAUGGAAAAGGAAUUCUCAACUUUCCCUGUGGAAUUAUAUCGUGGCAUGGUUGGGGAAACUUCUGGAACUCUUUUUUGAAAGGACUGCACUGACAAGACCUUGGAUGUGGCAUGUAUCUUUCUCUAGAUGGAACUUUCUGUUUGAAUCCGUGUGAGGUAAAGUUUGUCUAGCACAUACUGAGUACAAGUGCUUAAAACAGUACGAGAAAUAGACAUUUGGUCUAUCUAGGUUUGUACUAAAUAAAAAACUUGGAUUAAAAUUAGAAUAGAAUAUAAAACUAUUGAAAUAUAUUAAUGCUAAGGACAUAUAAAAUAUUGUAAAAUCAGACACAAGUUGGUUCUGUAAUCUGAUCCCUCACACGCAUACACACACGGGCAUAAUUAUAAUGCAUGGUGGGAAAGCACUGAAGGAGAUUUGUAAUUAAGGACAUCUAUAAAAAGAGUAAAGCACAGGGUCAUUUUUUUGUGGAACUGGGUGUGGAGGAGUAGACACCCAGUCUACUGCCAGAGGUGCUUAGACCCAUUCUGAGUGCACUAGAAUCAGGGCCUGCGUGCCUGUCGAAUGGAUCCUCACGGAGGCCACUACCUAAACCGGGAUGCGGUUCUGUCGGGUCUAGGCGUUGCCCGAAUCUGCCAGCUGGUGUUGGGUUGCACCAUCAUGGCUCUGGUGGCACACAGUGCGGGCUUCAGUGCAACCUAUGGAACUUUCUGCAUGUUCGUAUGGUGCUUCUGCUUUGCUGUGACAUUGGUCAUCUUCAUCCUAGAUGUGGUGCGGCUGCACAGCUGUAUGCCCAUCUCUUGGGACAACUUUACCGUGGCCUACGCCAUGCUGGCCACACUCAUGUACAUCACGGCUUCUGUGGUGUACCCUGUGUAUUUCCUCAGCAACGAGUGUCCAUCAGAAGGCUGUGAGGUUCGCAAUUAUCGUAUCGCAGUUACCGUCUGUUCCAGCGUCUGCUGCUUCCCCUACGGGGCCGAAGUCUUCCUGACAAGGGCCAAGCCAGGACACGUUGUGGGCUAUAUGGCCACCAUGUCCGGCCUGCUCAAGGUGGUCCAGGCCUUUAACGCCUGCAUUAUCUUUGGUGCCCUUGCAAACGACAGUGAGUACAACCGCCACAUUCCCACACAGUACUGCGUGGUGGUCUACAGCCUGUGCUUCGCUGUCACUGUGGUGGUGGUGAUCUUGACCGUCUCAGGAAGGACGUCGGCGCUCAGGUUACCCUUCGACCGUUUUGUCAUCAUCUACACCUUCCUGGCGGUGCUGCUGUACAUGAGCGCUGCAGUGGUGUGGCCUGUCUUCAGUUUUGACAAGAAGUACGGCAGCCCUGGACGCCCAGAAGACUGCCCCCGGGGGAAGUGCCCUUGGGAUAGCAAACUGGUGGUGACUGUGUUCACGUUUGCCAACCUGCUGCUGUACUUUACUGAUCUGGUGUACUCUCAGAGAAUCCGCUUCGUCUCACAGUCUGCAGCAUGACAUAGCUUGUCUUCUGUUUGCAUCGAUAUAGAAACAUACCUCAAUAGAAACAAUUUUCAUACAAUUAUGACUGCUGUAAAAUGAACCUUUCUGAAACCCUGAACAAUGGUUUGCUUUCUUGGCUAUUAUCAGUUAGUAACAGAGGAGAAAUUUCAAAAUUUUCUUUAUUAUAAACAACCAUAAAAGCCACACCUUUAAUUAGCUUAAUGUGCAGAUAUGUACAGAAUGUCACCUGCUGGCUGUUGUAAAGUCACUAUAACAGUUACUGUUUUGUUGCACUGGACAUCAAUUUAAACAAUUUUAAAACCACAACAAGGGCUAAGAACAACAUUUUAGAUGCAGAAUUUUUCAAAACAAGAUUUUAUAUCAAUGCUUGUAAGCAAUAUUAUAUUAAUAUUUAUUAAUUAUUAUUAAUAUAAAUAUUAAAUACUUCUUAGUCUGUAUAAAACCUUUUAAACCUUUACUGUGUCCCCAAAUCAUUUCCUCAUUCCUGAUUAUGAUUUUAAAGAAAUUGCCAUUCAGAUCGAUUUUACUACUCUAAGGUAUUGCAUAUAUGCAAGUAAAAUGUGUUGUUUUAUAUAUGUGUAUAAAUCUUAAACAUAGCAUAAAUAGUUUAUAGGUUAAAGUGUACAAAAUUCCUCAUCCUCAAAUUUAAAGAUAUUUUAUCAAUUAUUUAAAUGUUAUGUCUUGCCCACACAUGAUGAAAACUCCAAUUACGUUUUAAAAUGUAAGAGAUGCCACACAGAGUGUUUUGGAAAAUUCAAAUUUUAAUUCUUCCUCAGGACAGCUCUCUGAUUAAUGAUCUCUUUGAUUAUUUAUUACACCAACACUUAUCAGUGCUCACUUUCUACUAUACAAACUUAAUUAGUAACACUGAGCAGUCAGUGUGCCCAAUACUAAACAGGUUUUAACUUUGUUUUUUAGAGUUUACCUAUAAACCAAAUAGUGAUGUGUUAUAUAUCUUUAUGACUGAUUCAAAUGUUAUAUUACUUCAUUUAUAUAUAUAUAUAUAUGUGUGUGUGUGUUCAAUUGUAUUUUAAAAUUAGUAUUGUUUGAAACAAUGUCAUGCUGUGCAAAUCUAUUGUUUCUGUGGUUCUGCCUUACUGUCUCUGUAUGAGGAACCCAGAAAUGUGCAUUUGAUCUAAUAUAUGGAUACAGUAGUUGUAAAUAAAGCAUACGAAGUAUCUUUAUUUUAAUUCAUGAAAAUGCGGAAUUUUUAUUUAGGACAGUAUUGAUUGUUAUUUUUGUUGUUUCUGUUAAACCUUAUUUUUGUUUUUAUUUCUCUUGUUUUAUUUUUCAAUUAAAGUUUUUGAUGUUA